CAACUGUGAAAAGGAAGCAGUAUAACCUACAGUACAGCAAGGUGGAGUUGGCUGCAUGCUUCUUUUUCAUUGCAAUGCUAAUGCAAUUCUAAGAGAGGUGGCAGCAGUUUGUACAUGAGAAGGGGCCACAACUUGUCCAGCUAUUGCUUCCAACUGUCAACUACACUGAAAAGUCAAAAUUAGGCAAGGACAAGGAGAAAAAAGAAAGAAGACCUGUGGAAUAAUUAUGUCGGAGUUUUACUUUAGCUGACUAUACCAACAAUGUAUGUAAGCUACCUUGUGGAUCAAGAAAACAGCAUGUAUCCUGGAUGUAGGAAGUACCCAAACGGUAGCUUGCCAAUGCAGAAUUUUCCAUCAAAUGCCCACUACUCAGAUUACAUGGCAUAUCACAACGUACACAGCAUGGACAGCCACGGCCAUCCUUCUGACAAUUGGGGACACCAUUAUGGAGUACCAGCGGAGGAAUAUAACUGCUAUGGCCCUGGACCAUCUUCCGCAUCUUCUGGAUUAUCUAAUGGGCAGAUGAUGUAUGAAGCUCAUGACUAUAGCACACUGCAUCACUCUGGAUCUUCAGUAAUGCCACUUGAUGCAGUGAAUGUAGUACAAGUGUCAUCAAACAACCAAAGACACCAAUCCUAUGAUUGGGUUAGGAAAACCAUUCACACAAAUCAAGCAGGAAAGACAAGGACAAAAGAGAAAUACAGAGUUGUCUACACUGAUCAUCAGCGAUUAGAACUUGAGAAAGAAUUCAUCUCCAAUAGAUACAUCACUAUCCGGAGAAAAUCUGAAAUUGCGCUGAGUCUGGGAUUGUCGGACAGACAGGUAAAAAUCUGGUUUCAGAAUAGACGAGCAAAGGAAAGAAAAUUAAUAAAGAAAAUUGGACAGUUUGAUGGCAGCAUGUGCCCUGCACAGAGUGACUCUGGUUCUGUCAGUCCAGCGGAUUUGUCGGCUUUAUCAUACCCACAAUCACAUGCAAUGGAUGGAUUACAGUCAUUGGGAAACUUGCCACAGGUUGCUGUAUCCCAGUGAACUGCAAGCUAUAACUAAGACAGGAAAAUAAUCCUUCUAAGAUUGGAAAAAAGGGACAAAAUGGCAAGGCCACUGAGCACUGGCUUAGGUGUCGCCAAUGAGAGAAAUCUAGCAUGUGCCGCAAUCAGACUGCACGCUCAGAACCUAUUAAGAGUGAACUCUGAGAAGAAGCCAGUUGACAGUGUUUUACUGUGAUUGCCACAUUUUUGUAGGCUCUUAAUGAAACAAUGCAUAGUAUCCAAAUCAGGAAAUAAACAAGCAAAAACAUACAGUAACGAAAGCAAUGGUUGAUCUUGUUUCACUAUGACAUGUACUGUAGGGCCUGAUUCAGAGUUGCACACAAUUAUGUACGGAUCUUCACUAUAACAUGAUGACUGAUUCAUAGUUGCACGCAAUUCCACCUGCGCACGGAUCUUGCAAUAUUUAUCAGACUCUAUGACUCUUCAGUGUGGGCAAUUAAGAGUCAUACAGAACUCUGAGUGGUUGGUUCACUCACACAUAUGAUAAGUAUCAGUAUGUAUGCCUACGGAAUUUUGGCUAUUCAGAAGUGAGCAUAUCAGAGAUCUAUCUGCUUUGUGCUUUGAGUUAGAUAUCUUGCCCCCAGGAUAGGGGUGGUGUAAAUUCAUGCUGCUGCUGCUGACUACUUUCUCCAGUGGGUAGAUGGGGGAGGGGGCAGUGCAAUUGCACAGAUUUGUCCGACUCCGGGGCCUGAUUCAAAGCCGCAUGCAAUGCUGUUGUUUUGAUGGAUUAUUUGCUACUGCGUGUAAAACUGUAAAACCUCCAAGGGUGUUCGCGUUACACAGAGUAUACGCACAAAGGCACUGAUGCAGUCGAGAUGCACGGUAUCAGAAAUGUCUUGGAAAAGUGCUGGGCAUUCAUGGGCAAUGACUGGGAGGUGACUAAUCAGACAUAUGAAGACGGGCCGUCUUAUAGGCGUGUUAUGGGAGUGUCUGAAAGUAGUUGCGCACACAACUUAGCCUUACUAUAUAUAUAUAUUAUAGCCUUACUCUGGCGGAGAAGCUGCACUUGACAUAGCUCUGGUGCAAGUUCUGCUAGUGCAACGAAUAGUGCAUCUAAAGGCACACAAAUCAGUAUUUCAGCACCUACGGACAAGACAGUGGACAAUAUAUACCAGGGAAGGACUUUGUAGCAACACUUGCAUAUAGUUGCAGAUGGGUAACCACCAAUAGAUGUGUCUGCAUCCACCUCCGAAUCAGGCCCAUAGUGUUCAGUGAAUUUUUUUUAUUUAUAUAUGUUGCAUUAGGUUCCUAAUGCAUAUAAAAUCUUAAUGAGCAGUCCUUUAAAAAAAUAAUAAUAAUAAUUUUAUUGUGUCACUAUAGUAGAAAACAAUCUUGCUUCAAGAAUACAGUGUUUGGAUUUACAGAAGAUUUCCCCAUGACUAAUGAAUAAAUAAUAAAACACAAUGAUACCA